GGGAGCGGGGCGGCGGCGGCGGCGCCGCGCGGGCCGGCCAUGGUGGGCCUCAAGGAGGAGCUGCUCAAGUCCAUCUGGCAUGCCUUCACCGCGCUGGACCUCGACCGCAGCGGCAAGGUCUCCAAGUCGCAGCUCAAGGUCCUUUCUCACAAUUUAUGCACAGUGUUGAAUGUUCCCCAUGACCCAGUGGCCUUGGAAGAGCACUUCAGGGAUGAUGAUGAAGGACCAGUUUCCAAUCAGGGUUAUAUGCCUUAUUUAAACAAAUUCAUCUUGGAAAAGGUUCAAGGAAACUUUGACAAAGUUGAAUUCAACAGGAUGUGCUGGACGCUCUGUGCUAAAAAGAACCUCUCUAAGAGUCCUCUGCUGAUUAGUGAUGAAGAUGCAUUUAAAGUGUGGGUUAUUUUUAACUUUUUGUCAGAGGACAAGUACCCCUUAAUCAUUGUACCAGAGGAGAUUGAGUAUUUGCUUAAAAAACUCACUGAAGCAAUGGGUGCAGGCUGGCAGCAAGAACAGUUUGACCAUUAUAAAAUUGCUCUCAACACCAGUCGAGAAGGUCUUUCUGCCUGGGAGCUAAUUGAUCUCAUCGGAAGUGGACAAUUCAGUAAAGGAAUGGACCGACAAACAGUAUCAAUGGCAAUUAAUGAAGUCUUUAAUGAGCUCAUAUUAGAUGUACUCAAACAGGGCUAUAUGUUGAAGAAAGGUCACAAAAGGAAAAAUUGGACAGAACGAUGGUUUGUACUAAAACCCAAUAUUAUUUCCUACUAUGUAAGUGAAGAUUUGAAAGACAAGAAGGGAGACAUCAUGCUGGAUGGCAACUGUUACGUAGAGGCCUUGCCUGAUAAAGAUGGAAAGAAAUGCCUUUUUCUCAUAAAAUGUCUUGAUAAAAGUUUUGAGAUUAGUGCUUCUGAUAAAAAGAAGAAGCAGGAGUGGAUUCAAGCCAUACAGACCACUGUAAACCUGCUUAGAGGGGGGAACCCUCCACCCCACAAAGAGGCACGCCAAAAACGGAAAGAAUUGCGCCAGAAACUGUUAGCUGAGCAAGAAGAAUUAGAACGGCAGAUGAAAGAAUUGCAAACGGCCAACGAGAACAAGCAGAAAGAGCUGGAGACUGUGAGAAAGCAACUAGAAGCAGCAGCUGCACGUGCUGCUGAGGAAGAGAAGAAAAGACUUCAGACUCAAGUGGAAUUACAAGAUCGAUUCAGUCUAGAGCUGGAGAGAGAAAAAAUGGUAAGACAACAAAUGGAAGAGCAGGUUGCUCAGAAGUCAUCUGAACUGGAACAGUAUUUGCAGAGAGUUCGUGAGCUGGAAGAAAUGUAUAAGCAGCUACAAGAAGCUUUGGAGGAUGAGAAACAGGCACGUCAAGAUGAAGAGACUGUUAGGAAACUUCAAGCCAGAUUACUGGAAGAAGAGUCUGCAAAGAGAGCAGAACUGGAAAAAUGGCACUUGCAGCAGCAACAGACCAUUCAGAUGACAGAAGCAGAGAAACAAGAGCUAGAAAACCAGAGACUGGUAAAGGAACAGGCUCUUCAGGUUGCCAUGCAACAAUUGGAGCAGCUUGAACUGGAAAGGAAGGAGGCCCUUGAGCAAUAUGAGGAGGUUAAGAAGAAGUUGGAAACAGCAGCUAAUAACACCAAAAGUUGGAAAGAUAAAGUAGCUCAUCACGAGGGGCUAAUUCGACUAAUAGAGCCAGGCUCCAAGAAUCCUCACUUAAUCACAAACUGGGGUCCAGCAGCCUUCACUGAAGCUGAACUUGAGCAAAGACAAAAGAACUGGAAGGGGAAAAAGGCCACGUCUGAGUAAUGGUGGUCAUUGAAAUACCAUUUGCAAACAGAAGCCCACCUUUGUUCAUUUUGCUUUACACAGAACAGCUUACUCCUUUUAUGCAGAUCUUAGUUUGCUCAGCAGGUUGGGCCUUUCUAUAAAGGAAAUACUACUUACCACAUAUGCAUAUCUGUUCAGAGCUCAGUAAUUAUAAUAUGUGGUGUCUGACAAUACUUGCUGUUUUCCCUCACAUUUCUAGAAAUUCUAUUCUUUUACAGAAAACUCUUCAACUGAAAAUUUGUAUUCAAAUGCAACUUGUGGCAAGUUGUUCCUAUAUCAGCUUGUAACAAUCUGACAGCAUCUAAUUGGUCAGGCAGUGUCGCUUUAAAAAAACAAGGGAAGCAGUUUUAUAUUGGUUCAGUUAGUAUAAUUUAAACCCAGGAUAAAUUAUUUUGGAAGUUUCUGUACAACUCUGAGAUAGAGCAUUACCUUUCCUUCCAUAGUCUCCCUUCUCCACGCCCCCCCGUCCGUCCCUCUUCACAUGGAGGAAGUUAGUGCUCAGAUACCUUCUUCCAUUCUUCCUUACUGAGGGCAGACUGGCAUCAGUGGGUGUCAGUUGCUGCUGUUUUUAGCAGCUUGUCUGGUUUGGCCAGACAUCUGUUCUCAGGAAUCCAGACAAAACAAUUGGAAAUAAGCAUGUGCAAAAUUCUGCCAUAAAGCAUUUGGAAAAAGCAGUGGUGCAAGAUUGUUCUCAAAGGGUUCCAUACUUGGGAAGUGCUAAAAAAAAAAAAAAUGUUGAGAGCACCUUGAAAACCAUCUGCUUUCCCUUUCACAGUUUAAAAGAUAUACAAUUUUGACUUACUUAGAGAUUUCUGGAGAGGAUGAAUGGAGGAUAAUAGCACAUACAGGCCAAAUAGCAUCUGAAUCAAGUCUGUGCUUUUACAAGAAAGCUGAUUAUAAUGUACCUAUAUUUAGAUACAGCACUUCUUUUUGUGUUGUCUUACUCUUCACUGGAGUACAGAUUCCAAAAAAAGCAGUAACAAGAAGAAAAUUAAAUUUCACAUUUUUAUUUGAGAUAAAAAUGACACAUGUAGCAAUGUUGCUUUAGGAAAAAAAAAUACGUGGUAUCAAUGACGUAAUUUCGGCAUUUCUAGUAACUAAAGCAUUCCAAAAAACCUGCUUACAGCUUUGCCUCAAAACUGUCUCUAGGAGAAGCCAAUUGCUUCCCUUUCUUUAGGGAAAGGGAACAAGUGUGUAAUUUUGCUUUGUAGAAGUUCUACACUAGAGAAGAAGUCACUCUGUUGCUAAGUGAAAUUAUAUUCAUGCUAAGCUGCGCAGACAUUUUGAGAAAUGAGACCCCUCUUGAAGAGUAGGUGCCCAGUGGUGCAGCUUGUUAGUCAGCUUUGACUUUUGUAUGCACACCAAACAUACAUACACCCAUUUUCGGCACCUACUUUUUAGUUCAGCUAAGUGUUAAAUUAUUUUUAGUAAAUAGGAAGUGAAUGUUUUAGAUAACCAGUACCUGUGUACAGCGCUGUGAUACUCAGAUCGCAGAAGAGCACAAGUUGUACAAAGCUGAUCUUAAGAUUUGAAAGUCAAUAGCAUUUUAUAUACCUGUUAACUAAGACUCACUCAAAUACUGGAUCUUCUCAGACAUUUACUCUUUGCAGUUAUAUUUUUAUACUAAUUGAAAUCUUUCUUUAAUGUUUUAGUAAACAGUGUGCUCAUUAAAAUGGCAGGAAAAUCCAGCAUCUUCCUAUUUGUAUUUACUGUACAGGAAACCAAUGUUCUUCAGCUUGUUAACAAGGCCUUUUAAAAAUUGAUUUUGUUUACAAAAGAAAUGUGAAAAAACUGUAAUAGAAAUACUAAUGUAUACAUUGUUAAACUUUGCUAAAGGAGAUGGAACAGUAUUUAUAACUACCCAACACCUUUUUACAAGGAAAAUGGAAGGUGUAUUGGGCUAAACUUGUUUAACUUUUGUUUUCUAAUAGUUUUUGUUUUGGACAGAUGUUUUUUCAAGAACACCAAAUGAUGCAUGCUUUCCUAUUUUUUACUGUUCUUUAGAAUUGGCUAUUUAAUAAAGUAAUGCAAAGUCAUUUACAAAUUAA